ACUUACUAAAUCAGAAGAAAUAGUAACUCAACAAACCACACCAUUAGAUAAUAUAGAAUCGCAACCUGUUCAAGAAUUGUCUAUUCACGAAGAAGGAUUUCUAGAUUUAGAUGUAGAAGUACCAUGGCCAGUUCAAUUUCCAUAUAAUGAAGAGCAUCGUAUAAUAUGGCAAAAUAGAAUUCAGAUCGCAAAGAAUAUGUUUAAAAUAGAUGGAGCUGAAUAUGCUUUCUCAACCUGGUUUACAGAAGCUAAAGAGAUAGAUUUGGCCAGUGUAAUAUUAGGAGCAAAAAAUGAAGAUGAAGCUAUGCAGGAGAUAUAUUUACAAUGCCUAUAUCAGAAUUAUUCAGAAGAAGAAGAAAUCAAUAAAAUCAUAAAAUUGGAAGUAGAUGCUUAUAGGGCAUCAGAUAAAGAAA